AUGGAGACGGUGGCGGCAGCCCGGCUCCCGCUGGGGCUCUGCAGCCUGCGCCUGAAGAAGCUCACCGUGCUGAAGGAGCUGGACAAGGAGCUAAGCUCCGUGCUCAUCGCUGUGAAGAUCCAGGGUUCGAAGCGAGUGCUGAGAUCCAAUGAAUAUGUCCUCCCACCAGGCGGCCUGAUGGAGACCGAGCUGGAGCUGACGUUCUCACUGCAGUACCCACACUUCCUCAAGAGAGAUGGCAACAAACUGCAGAUCAUGCUGCAGCGGAGGAAGAGGUACAAGAACCGCACAAUUCUGGGCUACAAGACCCUUGCAGUAGGCAUCAUCAACAUGGCUGAGGUGAUGCAGCACCCAACCGAUGGAGGGCAGCUGCUGGGACUCCACAGCAACAUGAAAGACGUGAACAUCCGGGUGGCCGAAAUCAGCAUCUAUUCUUUGUCUAGCCAGCCCAUUGACCAUGAGGAUGGGAGCGUCCCUUCUGGUCCUAAAAUCAAAGCUUCAGAUCGUUCUCCAGACAUCGAUAACUACUCUGAAGAAGAGGAUGAUAGCUUCUCCUCAGAGCAGGAAGCCAGCGAUGAUGCUGUACAGGGCCAGGAUCUUUUUGAUGAAGAGGACGACUUGAGAAAAACCAAGAAGGCCAGGAGGAAAAUGAUCCGAACCACCUCUAUGACCCGACAACCGAACUUCAAGCAGAAAUUUGUGGCUUUGCUUAAGAGGUUUAAAGUGACAGAGGAGGUCCUGGACUCUGACCCUGUGGACCAGACCCAAGAGGUAGAGGAAGACCUGGGCCUGCUCUAUGACAGCCUGGAGGAAUGCAAUAACAGCGACAGUGGCCCAGAGAUUGAGGACAACGAGAGUGUGCACAGCACGCCUAAGCCCACACUGAGGCGUUUCUUUGAGGGAGUCUCUCAUUCUGGUUCCCAGACUGAGAUCGGCAGUCUGCACAGCCAGAAAGGGCAGGAGCGAGAUUCGGGCAGCCCUGUGAGUUACACCAGCACCGCCGCCUCUCGGCCCCUUCCCACCCCAUCCAGCCCAGCAUCCCCAAAGUGCCUGCAGCCUUGCCCNNGGCGGGCCCCCCCCGCAGCCGCUGCACGCGAGGGCAGCAUGGACAGGCUGGGCCCUGGCGCCAAAGCUGAGCUGCCCGGUGCCAUGUCACCCAGCAAAACGGAGAGCAAGCAGCUGUGGCGGCCCCGCAGCACCUCUGUGAAAGACCGGCAGAGUUCAAAGGGACAGGGCGGCCGCACCAGCAGCCUGGACAGUGAGAGCUCUCCUGACUCGUGGCACAGCACCCAGGUGCCCCGCAAGUCUGUUUAUGAUCAGCUGAACCAGAUCCUGGUUUCAGAUGAGCAGCUCCCGGAGAGCAUCGUGCUGGUGAACGUCGCUGAGUGGCAAGGGCAGUACGUGAGCGAGCAGCUCCAGGCCCACAAGCAGCUGGUCAUCGCAACCUGCUCCGUGGCAGACAUCCAGGCAGCCUUCAACACCACCGUUGCCCGCAUCCAGCGAUACUGUAACUGUAACUCCCACAUGCCUCCCCCAGUGAAGGUAGUCGUGGCAGGGGACCAGAGCUACCUGAGUGUCGUCCUCCGCUUCUUUGUGGAGCAGCUGGCCAGCAAGACACCCGACUGGCUCAACUACCUCCGCUUCCUCCUUGUGCCCCUGGGCUCUCACCCCCUGGCCAAGUACCUGGCUUCGGUAGAUAACAAGUACAGCACCCUCUUCCUGGACACGGCGUGGCGGGAGCUCUUCAGCCGGGCCGAGCCGCCCAGCGCAGCGGUCCCCUACGGCAAGGAGACCGUGGGCACCCCGCCGCCCUCGCCCUCUGUCAGCAGCGGCCUCUCGGGUGCUGGGUCCCUGAGCCCCAGCGUGGAGGUGAUGGGACUGCAAGUGGACUACUGGACGACACAAGGGGCAGACAGGAAAAAGGAGGGCGAGAAGCGGGAGACGGGCAUCAAGAACACCCUCAAGAGCAACUUCCGCUCACUCCAGGUCAGCCGCAUCCCCAGCACCGGGGAGCUGCUGCCACCCAGCACCAUGGCCAUGACUGUGGUCACCAAGGAGAAGAACAAGAAAGUGAUGUUCCUGAGCAAGAAACCAAAGGAGAAGGACCUGGAGCCCAAAAGCCAAGUCAUCGAAGGGAUCACACGCCUCAUCUGCACAGCCAAGCACCAGAACACCAUGUUGCGAGUCUCCAUAGAUGGGGUGGAGUGGAAUGAUGUCAAGUUUUUCCAGCUGGCGGCACAGUGGCCAACGCACGUCAAGUACCUCCCUGUGGGCAUCUUUGGCUACUCAAAGAACGUGUGA